UUUGAUCCCGAGAAACAAGCGUCUACAAGGUGUAUAUUUACAUCAACUCCCGCGUGUACAGGUCAGUUGCACGGCGAAAAUCGGUGAUGAUGUGUUAAGUGGCCCCGUGUGCGUGCGUUAAAAUACGGAGCGUGCAAGAAGCGAAACAGAAAAGUGUGGUGAGAGGAAGCAAAAAUUAAGGCAACAAAAAUACAAAACCAAAACCCCAACAACGUGUACGAAAGUGAGGCAUAAAGGAAGAUCACGAAGUAGGCGCAGUCCCCGGGAAAAGAGCAGAAAGAAAAGCGCGUAUAACGAUUGCUGCUGUGGUGAAGAAGCAAAAAAGUAAGGCAAGCGCAUAUCGAGAAGAAAAAAAAAACAGCAUAAGAAUACUUGUGAAUAGUGGAGUAGCGGAAAAGAAAAGCGACCAAGGAAAGGAAGACCAGCAAAGGAAAGAGUUUAAAAAUCCCUCCUCCGGACAACCCGACCAGAAUGACGAAUUUAUGUGUUUACGUUGGAUUACUGCUGUCCCUGCUGGUGGCAACCGGCGAGGCUCAUCUAAAUCUGUUCCUCAACGUGAUCGAAGUCCAGAGAUUGCUAGGACUCUCGGCUGAAAUAUAUUACGUGCGCGAAGGGCAGGUGAAUGCCUACGCGUUACACUUCACCGUACCGGUGCCCGCCGACGUGGAGGAGAUCUCGUUCACCUGGCAAAGUCUUGCCGAUCGACCGCUGCCCUACCGGAUCAACAUAGAUUCGCCCGAUUCGGUCGCACUGCCGAAGCCGUCGAUGAACAUAUCCUGGCAGGGUGAAAUACCCGAGCACAUCGAAACGUUCGCCAUCGGGUUGCGAUGCAGUGGACAAAAGUCGGCCGAGGUCGAUGUAACGAUUACGAUUGAGGUAACGCUCGAUCGGAUGACGGGCAAUACAACCGAGCUGCUGUUCCGUCGGAAAAAGAUCUGCCUAAUGAGUGAACACCCGGAUGCUACUCAACCCGAUCCUUACCUGUUGGAGAAUGCAUCCAACGGUCAGAACGGACUGAUCACGAUCAUCAUCGGUGGCAUACUGGCGAUUCUGUUCGUGUCGAUCUUCAUCAUGAUCGCGUACUGUGUUCGAGGUUCGUUCAACAGAAAACCACACCACGCUCAGCCGAUCCGGACGUCCAGCUUCCAGCGUCUUCAGACACACGCCCCAUCUGCACCGUCGUCGAUCGUAUCGCCUCCCUCGAUCGCUCCUACCAUAGCCACACUGUCGCGCAACCGGAUCUACGCCAAUGCCGAACCGGAAGAACUACAGCGCCGCAUCUCCGAGCUAACCGUGCAGCGAUGUCGCGUACGCUUGUCCAGUCUACUGCAAGAAGGCACAUUCGGACGGGUGUACCGUGGAAGUUACAACGACAGCCAGGAGGUGCUGGUAAAGACAGUCGGUCCGCAUGCGUCGCAAAUACAGGUAUCACUCCUGCUACACGAAGGCAUGAGCCUGUACGGUGCACAACAUCCAGGCAUCCUGUCCGUGCUGGGUGUAUCCAUCGACGAUCAUACCGCCCCGUUUCUGCUCUAUCUGGCACCGGAAAAUACGCGCAACUUGAAGAUCUUCCUGCAGGAACCGGUGGCACGCACUCUGACCACCAUUCAGAUCGUUAAGAUACAGCUGCAACUCGCCCAAGCACUUGGCCAUCUGCAUAGCCACGGUGUCAUCCACAAGGACAUUGCAGCACGUAACUGUGUGAUUGAUGAUCAGUUGCGAGUGAAGCUGGCCGACAACUCGCUGUCACGAGAUCUCUUUCCCGGAGACUAUUACUGCCUGGGCGAUAGUGAAAACCGACCGAUCAAGUGGCUAGCGCUUGAAUCCAUCCAGUUUAAGCAGUUCAGUGAAGCUUCCGACACGUGGGCGUUUGGUGUUCUCAUGUGGGAACUAUGCACACUCGCCCGACAACCUUACGCAGAGGUCGAUCCGUUCGAGAUGGAACACUACUUGCGCGAUGGUUACCGGUUAUCGCAGCCCAUCAACUGUCCAGAUGAGCUGUUCGCAAUAAUGGCCUACUGCUGGACGAUGCUACCGAUGGAGCGACCCUCGUUCGAGCAGCUGCAAAUCUGUCUGCAGGACUUUUACGCCCAGCUGACGCGGUACGUCUAGGGAUUGCCGAGUCCCGGCCAACGGUUCUAC